CUAAGGAUAGAUCACACCAUUGUGAUUCUUGAUGCAGCCAAUAGAUGGAAAGGAGUCCAUGUAUAUAUUAUUAUAAUCACGUUGUUAAUGUGAGUUGUAGUUUGGUUUCAGUUUCCUGCAACCAACUAAGGCAGAAAAGUUUGAUUUAAGGGAAAGGGUUUCAUUACCUUAUCACUGACAAUGGCUACUCAACAGGGCAUGAGAACACAACAAGUGCUGGAAAGUGACACGGUUUUCAGAGAACGUGCUCUCACAAUUAUUCACGAAAUGGUGGAAAUGAGCAACACUUCUAAUGAUAUAGACUAUGCUACACAAUUAGUGGAUGAGGUUCUUCACAGCAUCUUCUUUCUGGGAAAGAUCAAUGACCCGCGAUUUUUCCCAGAAAAGAUUAUGAAAGAUGAAGAAAUGUUAAAUGAGUUGAAGGUGAACUACCCUCGGCCUUUUGAUCUCUAUUCCUCUCGACUACCCAGGCGGAGUCCAUUUUCAUGUGUGCUUGACAUGGUUGUUCACCUGACUGGUGAAAGGAACGAAGAUACAAUAAUAAACAGGCUGCGAGAGCUCUACCAUCAACUGUCUGACAUUACAGUACAGUCUGCUGGUAGAGAGAAACAUCUAAUCUCAUCUGUGAUCUGUGUCUCUCAGAGCACUGAGAGCCCAGAUUCAGUCAGAUACUAUGGAGUCUCCAUGUCCACAUGUGGGAAGACUCCUGGGCAAAUUAUGCUUGCUGCCUGCUGUUUUGGUUACUGGGACAGUGAUAUAGCUGAUGCAGUGAUGACCCGCUACCCCGGCCGAAUGUCAAACUGUGAUGCAACCAUCAAACUUCCAGAGAAAGUCAGGUGCAAAGCAUUUAACCUCAGUGAUGGAAAGCCAAAGCCUCCCUGCAAAUCAUGUAGGGAUUUGUUUGGCCUGACAACAGAAAGAGAAGAAGCUGAUGAGAAAAGCAAAAUGUGGGUUUGUGGCAACUGUGCUGAAGUGGAAAGUGUAAGCAAAAUGUUUAAAAAUGAGGAAGCAAUUAAAGCACAAUCAAAAUCUGAUACAUGUACAAAUCAAAACAGGGAAAGGGUUAGAGAACGUGUCUUGAAGCACCUUAUCAUUUUGCUUGACAAGGUGGGAUUUGUACAAGAUAUGUUCUACCACCCACUACCCCCUCAUAGUGGGCCAGUAUGCACUGUGCGCCAGCCAUCUGUAAAAUGCCCUUUCUGUACUUGUUGCUGACUUGACAGAUGAAAUACAAAUACAACUGUGUUAUAGAGACAAAUGUGUGUUAACAGUUUGAAUGAAGCAAGCAGAGGAUACAAAAGUUGAUAUAGUUUUGCCAUUUGCAAUAAAGUUACUUUGAUGGAAACUCAGGUUCAUGUUUCUCCCUUUGUCUCUUGUCUGU